GUAUCUAAUUUCCACACGAAACCAUCUCUCUGCACUUACAAUGAAAGAUGCUCUUUUUUUGUCCCUUUCUCAGUACUCUUUACUACUCUUUAUAUGAAGAACAAUGCCUCUUUAGCAUAACAAAAGAAGAAGAACAAUACCUCUGUAUUGUUACCAAAAGUAACAGUCACUUCAAGAUUAUCACCAUAUUGCAAUCUCCGUAAAAUUCUGGAAGCUAAGUGCUAACGAUGAAAGAAGCCAAGACUCAAGUGACUGCCGAUGUCGGGAUUGAUUCACUGUGGAAGUGUUUGUCCAAGGAUCUAUACUCUAUAGUUCCACAGGUCUUGCCAAACCUAGUGCAGAAUGGAGAGAUCAUUGAAGGAGAUGGUGGCCUUGGUUCGGUCAUUCUUUUCAAUUUUGGCCCUGAUGUGCCAAAUAUGAAGUACCAGAAGGAGAAGAUCGUGGAACUCGACGAGUCGUUGCAUCGAAUCGGGUUACAAGUGAUAGAAGGGGGUCACCUUGAUCUUGGCUUCACCUUUUACAAAACUACAUUUCAACUUACAUCAAUUUCAGAGAAGCAGACACUGGUGGAUGUGGUAUAUGAAUUGGAGACGGAACAAGCAGUCCUGCCCUCACAAACCACAGCCGGCGCACUUGCAUGCAUCAAGGGCCUUGAGAACUAUUUGUUGAGUACUGAUACUAAGUAGAGUUAGACCUAUCACAGUUCAUCUCCGGUUUAGAAAAGAGCAAGGAUAAAUAUUAUAGCACGUCAAAAGAGGUGAAUCAAAGCAUAUUUGAUCCUAUCUGCAUCAGAAUAAAUACUUGUGUAUUUUCCCGUGAA